GGUGACCUGUUUUUAAUUUAUUGAGAUUGUGACACAGUACAAGGCAAAUCCUUUAUAGUAACGGUUUUGUUAUGUAAAAUUUAUUACCUGUCUUACAUGAACAUUUUAUAAGAGUUUUGUGUUUGGAAAAUAGUUUUAGUGAAUAUGUUAGGAUCAGUUUUUCAUAAUAAUAAUAAUUUGAAAACCUUGGACAUGGCAACCGGUGGUACGUUUAUGGAUUAUUUCCGUGUAAAAAUCAUUGAUGUUGGACUACUAAAACUGGAUUUUUCCGAUAUAGCAGUCUUGUGUUGUGUGGAUAUGUGUGGAGUGAAAAGAUGUGUUCUGUCCUGUGUGUCCGAACUCAAGUCAACUUAAAAACAAGGAAAUGGAGAUAAAUGCCUCUUAUUCCUGAUCUCGUCCAAGGUUCCUCAGGAGUACCAAAGCCUGACAAAAAUGGAGCAUGCGGAUCUUGUGGCCGAAAUGGCUCAUGUGGAGCACUUGAGCACCCAGGAACGUCUUCACCUGGCACGCCGUCGACGCUUGCAGCAACUCAAAGCUUGGACACAACGAGAGAAAAAAUGGUCAGGAAGUAAAGUUCCCAAGUCGAACAAACACAUAUACUUCAGUGACAGUGUUAUGCUUUUGGAAGCUGCUGCUAGGAAUGACAUUGAUGAAGUGAGGCGGUUAUUAGUGAAGGGUGUUAGUCCUGAUUCUACUAAUGAAGAUGGUUUAACUGCUCUACAUCAGUGCUGUAUUGAUGACAAUGAAGAAAUGAUGAAGCUUCUAAUUGAAUAUGGUGCAAAUGUAAAUGCAGAAGACAGUGAAAAAUGGACUCCUCUUCAUGCAGCUGCUACAUGUGGCCAUCUGCACCUUGUUCGGUACCUCAUCAGUCGAGGUUCCAACCUGCUGGCUGUGAAUGCAGAUGGGAACAUGCCAUAUGAUAUCUGUGAAGACGAGGCAGCACUGGACUAUAUUGAAGGUGAAAUGGCUCGUCGUGGAGUUACUCAAGAGCUGAUAGAUGAGACACGGGCUUCAACAGAGCUGCAGAUGUUGAGAGACCUUCACCAGAUGGCAGCAGAGGGUAGGGAUAUAGAAGCAUAUGAUCAUCAGGGAGCUACACCACUUCACAUUGCAGCAGCAAAUGGCUAUUUGAGGGUUGUGGAGUUCCUUCUAGAUCACAACGUUGCGACCAACGUGAAAGACAAUGAUGACUGGCAACCAGUGCAUGCUGCAGCUUGCUGGGGACAUUUAGAAGUUCUCGAGUUGCUAGUACAUCAUGGUGCAGACUUGAAUGCCAAGACAAAACAUGAAGAGACACCUGCUGAUAUAUGUGAGGACUCAGAACUGCGGGAACGUAUCCUCCAAUUACGAAGUGAACAAGAGACAAAGAGACUGCAGGAAACAAAGAAACGUGGUGUGAACCGGUCACAGUCCAACACACGCACACAGUCUGUGCGAAGAACGUCUAUACGGGACAAGACAAUUAUCACGAAGAAAGAUGCAGUGGAGGAAGCACGGCGGCUAGCGCAAGAAGUAUUUGUUGCUCCUGGUGCUGGUGGGAGUGGUAACUCCAGAGUGGAGCCAGCGACCCAGGAGAACAUUUCUUCUGCAGAUCCUAUCUCUAACCCGAAGGAUGCAGUAAAUGGUGAAGUGGUAGGGACUGACCUGGUGGUGUCGACAGAAAGACGGGCCCCUGAGGGACAAGACAAUGAUCUGGAUGAAGAAUUCCAUAAUGACUCCAAAGCUGCUGCUUUAGGUUUGCCUACAAGUUAUGUAACUGGAGGUAAUGGUAACAUCAACAUUCAUGUGUCUGUAACAAUAAAUGCAGGCACACUGGCAGACCUCAAGAAGCAGCGAUCUCAGAUCCGUAACAGCAGUCCGGAUGGAAUGGUAACAGGUCUAUCACCUGUGUCUUCAGUCGCAAGCAGUCCGAUGCCUUCUGUGCAGCGCUUUACUGGAGACACAGAUGAUGUUGUGGGUGACCCCAGACCCAAACGCUGCUGCAGCAUUUCCUGAGUUGUACUUAACUUUUGAGUAGAUGAGCUAGUACAAAUUGGUACUGUGAAUCUUUAUUGUUUAAAUCCAAUGCAUGUUAUUUAUUUCACAUUCCAUAUUUACUUACUUCUCCAGAGGAACGUUUUGCAUUGGUGUCUGAUACAUUCCAGCAUUCUGUCUUUCUAUACAGUGGGAGGGACCUGUGGUUAUUAAUUAUGGAAGAUAUUUUUAGCUGUGAAGGCCUGAAAGCCAUUAAAUUCAUUAUUUGUUGAUUGCCCUUGCUGUAUCUUCACAACAGAUAGUAGUUCUUGUUGGCACAGUGAUUGGUAGUGGAUAAGACACAUAAUGGUUACGGAAAGAGAAAUUAAGGAAUAUUGUUUCUAAAGUAAGUCUGCACAAGUCAGAAUACAACUAACACUAACACUAAAUACAGACAAAGCAGGCCUGAUAUGGUCAUGUUUCAUUACUUAUACCACUUAAAUGUAAAGAAGAAUAUUUUAUAUUGAAGCUGUAAUUAUUACAGGCCUGAAAUCCUGCAAGGUGGUAUGUGUCAGUACAUUCACUUCUAACCUUAUUAAAUGCCAGUGUGCAAUUAUUCAGCUUUUCAUUUCCCACAAAUUUAUGAAAGUGAAGAUAUAUCAUUUCUGCACAAAACUUAUGAUGAUCCUUUUGAUAAUGAUGCUCUGUUCUCCAUUUCUUAUGCAAAACUGAAACUGAAAAUCUUGCCAUUUAGUCUUCAGGCUCUCACACAUGUAGUGUUCCACAUUACUUUGUAACUUUAUGAGAUUAGAAAAGACUGCAGGCUAUCUUGUACUGAAUUAACACAAACAUUUGUGUCACUUUGUCAGUUAAAGGCUUGAGAAUUUGGUUGGUGAAGCAGAGCCUCCUAUUUGCCAGACUGUAAUGGUGUGUGAAGAUUGCUAUCUUCUUGGUUAUUGUGCCAUGUAAUAUGGUGGGUUUCCACCAACGUUUCAGAGGUCAUACUGCCUCCGUCAUCAGGGCGAUGAAUGUGAAACGGUGGAAAUCUACCAGACUACAUGGCGCAAUAACCCAGAAGACAGCAAUCUUCAGACUAACCGCUGUGAAAACCUGAAAUCCUACAUGUAAUGGUGUGUGUUAGAGUAAGCAUUUCCUUAAUGAAAAUGAUGUGCUAUCAUUUUGUUAUUAGUUUUUCAGCUUUAAAUCAACUUGAAAUGUUGUUUGUUAGCACAGACAACUGAUUUCUUAAUAUAGUGACUGUCACACACAGCCCUCAAAUCUGGAAAUAAUGCAUACUUUAUUACUGUCUUAAUAUCAUUAAUGAUAAAAUUGUGAUCUUUCUUGGAAUGAGUAAACAGUGUCAGGUCAAGAGCGUAAUGUUGUAACAGUUGUUGUCAGGCACUUAUAAAUAUUUCUGUGUUGGCAGCACAAAAUUAAACCUCUUGACAUAGUGUUACAAAUUCCCCACACUUUGUACGCAUAACAGUAUACAAAUGUGAGAGGGAUCAAUCACAGUUCUAAAAUAUAUUACCUUUUUUCAUUCAAGUGCAAAACUCUAUGUAAGAAAGAACAAAUUAGUUGUGUAGAAUGCUUAAUGAUGGGAUAGAAAACUAUAAUAAAAGAACAAUUGAAUAUUUCAUUAUUCAUACCAUAAUUGGCAAUUAUGAAAAGUAUAAUGGAAUGUUGAGGCAUACCUAGCAAUUAACUUUGCAAAGUAAAGUCCAAAUUUAGCAAUAUCAUGGAUGUCUGAGUAUAUUGGAUGGCUAUGUGAUGCACAGGCUUGAACUGCUAAGCCAAUCAGAUGGUGCUGAGGGGUUAAAUACUUGAUUGAUUUGAAUAUGUGCAAAUAUAACCUAGUUUUUUGGUAUCUACUUUGAGAAGAAUUUGUACUUUGUAUUCAGUCAAAUACAGAAUUAUAGUAUGUAAAAUGGUAGUACAUCACAUAAAAGCUGGGUAACAUGCAACCACUUGUGGAAGGAGAUACAUAUUUUUGUGAAGUAUGUAGUACCAUUGCUUGACCCUAUCUGAAAAUGUAUUUUUAAACCAUACUUAAAAUGUAAUGCUUUUAAUUCAUAUGCAUCUUUUGGUAAUUAUCUAUCAUUAAAAGUAACUAUUAUAAUACUAGUAAUACAAAUAAUAUUACACCAAUGAAAGCCAAAGAUUGAACAUCAUGGAACUUAGAUUGUUGGCCUAACAUUUGUUUAACAGUCUUUCCUAAAACUCAGAGAUAUAAACUUUAAACUUCCAAUUUAUAUUUUUGAAAGACAUAUGUGAAGUAUUAGAAUGAGACUUAUCGUAGAUGACAAGCUGUAAGCAUAGGUACAUUGAAUGCACAAGCAGUGAUGUGUGGUCUUGUGAAAAACUACAGAGUUCAGUCAUACAUGUUGUAUCAAAUAUCAACAUUGUUUCAAAGUAGUUAGCAAUCGCUUUGAAAUAAAGUGACUGACAAAAAGUUACCUCAUAUUUAAUAGUACUUGACCAUGGGGCACUGGAAGAUGCUCAUCUUUUCUUUAAGUGCAUGUACAUGCAGACAAAGGAUGGGAAAUUAUUUUUACUCAGGCUCCAAUGUGACUGUUUUCAUAUGUUAAGAGCUUUGCGAGAAAUAGUCCUCAGUUUUUUGCACUGACUGAUUGUAGAACUGAACUGAAGACCCGAAGUCUCAAAUGACUGAACAUACUUUAUAGAUAUACCAGAAGAUAUAAAAAGUAUAAUUACUUGAUUUGGACAUGAUAUUGAGAACUGAAUAUAAUGUUCUUCAGGUGCAAGACAUGCAUUGAAUUCAAUAUGUAAUGAGCCUCACUUGACUCUCAUACUGAGUCAUAGGUGUAGUAAAUUAAAAUAGUAAAUGUGUAUGCAAAAUGUAAAAACCUUCAUUCUGUUGAAAUCCAAAAUUUUGUUUUUUGCAAUACAUUGUCUGUAUUGUGUAUGAGAAAUUAAAAACUUAUAAUGAGCUGUACAAUUAACCCCUUGUGUUGGCAUUCAAAUGAGACACUGCUGUGCAUGGUGAGAUCAUUUAUAUUUGCAGUGAACUGUGCUGUAAGUGGAGAUUAAUAAUAAUUUUCUUAAAAAUUUCUGAAUGUGGAACAAUGAAUGUAAUUCAUAAGUGGGUGACUUUAAAAUUCAAGGUCAUGCCACCUUUUUGUGACAUCCUAAAGUAAUUGACCUAGGUUAGUUGAAGAGUGGUCAUGCUAUGCAGAAUGACCAUUUUAUGUUAUCAUACUGACUUGGUUUUCCAGUGCAAGGGGUUAAUAAUAUCUUAACAUCAGUAUGAGCCUAAAUUUGAUUUUCUUGUCCCAUAUGUGCACCACUGGGAACCAACGCUUGGAAAUAAGGGUGUCUUUUCAAACUCUCAUAGUGCUUUCACUGAUUUAUUGGGGCAAAAACAGAUUCUGAUUUUAAAUUUAAAAAAAUUGUUCAGUGCCGGUGAUGAAAUCUGAGAAUGACUACUGUACUAUUUCAAGGUCACAUCACUGUUUGGUUGGUUCUGGAACUAUCACCAUGUGCCAAACCAGGAGCUUCAUUGUGUGGCCUACAAACCAUAUCAUAACAUAUACAAGUGCCUGUAGGAUUGCCAUUGUAUUAUAUAUUGUAAGGUUGUGGCAUUUGCUUUUAUUGGUGUGGAUAAUCAGCUUCUGUGGGCAGCAGGAUUACUGCUCAUUGUAUCAUAAGACAACUGGUAUGGCGAGACCUUGGUCAAGUUGACGAGCUUGUUCUGGCUUUGUUAUUACAUUUGCAGUGUUUUUCAACAUCUAGUACUUCAGUCAUAAAUCUGUGUGAUUAUUGGGUGACAGUUUGCUGUCUCAUUAUAAUUUAACUUUCUUGCUGCUUUUCAUGUAUGAUAAAUAUGAUACACACACAUGUAUUUUGUUUUUAACCCUUUCCAUUCUGAGUUUACUUUUAUGUAAAUUCAUUAAUGUUUGUAUGUUUCCAUGAUUGUACAUAAUUUCCACUUGGGUCAACAUUAUAAAUAUUCAGAGCAGGUAUAGCUGUUCUUCUAAGAGAGCUCAUUCAUAGCAUGGAAAGGAUUAAAAGUAUUUUCUUUAUCUUGUUAAACAUGCUAUGUAAACUUCAUUGAGAAAUAGUCAGGUUUCAUUUAAGUAAUGAGGUUGGUUCCUACUGCAAACAUUUUAUUGAAUUCUGUGGCUAAAUUAGCAGGAUGAUCUAGAAGACAGUGGUGAUUUUUCAGCUGAUAAAUCUCAUAAUACUGGUAUUUGUCAGGGCAUGACAAAUAAUUGUUUCACUUUCUUACUUUGUUUACUAGAAGCAUUUUUUUAACUUGGUGAAUUUUUUGAAUUUCAAAUAUUGUACUAUAAACUAAAUGGGAUAGCCUGAAUUAGCAGGGGAGGUAGAACCAAUGUCAAUAAGAAAAGGUUUCGCUGUACCAAGAUCAGUAUUACCAAUGUAUUUCAUGGUUGUGAAGGUUGGCAGCUCAUAAUAACAUUCCACUCAAAUGUAUGUUACAGUUUUGGACACUUUUGUCCAUUCUUGUUGGUUUAUUAGUGAUUACUCUGUAUUAUAUAUUUUUACUGUUUUUGCUUUUUUUUUAUAGUGCAUUGGUUGUACUGGAUUUUGAUUGAGUGUAAAUAGUUGGAGAUCAUGUUAUUGUUCGAAUGUCUUCCAACAAAUUUCUGUAAAUGUAUAUGGUCAUAUUUGGGAUGUCUAGUGUUCUCCCCAGAGAUGCUUGAUAAGUGAAUUAAUAUAUUUUCAUAGACUGAAUAGUUCUAUGUAACUGAAGAUAGACUGGAGAAAAAUGACAGGUUAUUACAGAUUCAAUAUUAACCCUUAGUGCAAGUCUCCAGUGGGUGUAUGUGAAUGUGUUCGUUCAUAUGUGUAUGUAUGUAUGUGGAAAUAAAGACAUUAAGUUAUUGGGAGCAUCUGUAUUGGGGUCAGUGAAUCAAUGUCCUGCUCAUUGUAUGCUAUUUUCCGUAUGUUAAUGUAGCCAUCAUUAGUAAUCUGUUAUGCACCUUUUGUUUUCAACCAUGCUCUUUCAUAAAUAGUACAAUGUUUCAUAAAUUAUUAGACUACAUGGUAAGCUGUUCUGCCAACUAUGUUAUUAAAGUAAAGUUAAAUGUAUAGCCUUUAUUGCCAUGUUUGGCCUAUCAGUUUCUCAAUUCUGAUUCUCAUUUGUAUGUUACUGAAUCUCAUAUAGAAGAGCUUGUUUUGCAGUGAACUUAUCACCAUUGUUCAUCCUACUGUCUUUUGUAUGUUUUCCCUCGCUUUGUUUCUGCAACUUGUCCUUGGUCUUCUCAGUGUUUUUUUAUUUUUUUUAUGCUCUUAAUAAUCUUGUCUAAUGCACAUAUCUUUGUAUGAAUGUUCAUAAUUUCAUUGACUUUUCAUGUGGUGUUUCUACUUUCAAAACUUGCUUAGUGUCCUGAUUUUGGAUUGUAAACCUUGUUAAUUCCUAAAUACUUUGUAGAUACUUCAUCUGUGCUUGUAGUUUAUCUGCAUAUCUUUUACACCAUGUCAUUUCUUUUCCAUAUGCUGAAAUGGGCAGUAAUGUUUUUUGUAAAACUUUUUUUUUAAUUUCCAAUUUUCAGAUUGUCUCUAACAGCCUCUUGAAUAUAUGGGUGUGGUUGCCACUACAGUUCCUCAAACAUUUUCAUAACAAUGGACUGGAUGUGGUGACACAUUCCAUGGCCACUUAGAUCUCUGGAUUUCCCUCCAAUGGACUCUCCUUUUGGGGAUUUGUUAAAGGCAAGGUCUGAAUACCACCAAUGCCAUGAAAUCUGAAGAGCUCUGAGGCAGUAAUUUGACAUACCACUGCUCUGAACAAUCAUAGCAUUUUAAAUAAAGUUUGACAAAGUGGGGUGUGUCACAUUAUUGGGGGAAACUGUAUGUUGCACUUAGGGGUGAUAAUAUGGAAAUGGUUCUUAGCGAAAUAUACGUGGUUAAGGAAGAGGGUGGAACAGGCUUAGGAUUGUUUGAUUUUAACAUGUUUGAACCUUCAGGUUCAGUUACAGAGGGUUAACCUCCCUCCCACAAAUACUGUAUCCUGUAUCUUAACCUUUAUUUAACUUCCAGUAUGAUGAAGUACAUGCCUGGUAAUCAUCAAAUGCAUGGGUGUAUCAUCUGUAGUGAUCAGUCCUUCAAACUGAAUUGCAUGCUGGGGAGAGCAUUGUCAGUAUCAUGCUGAUGAAGCAUGUUCAUUUUCCUGUUGUUUGUCCAUGACCAACUACAAUUUUGAACAUAAAUUGUUUAUUAAGAAUGUCCAUACAUACCAUUAAGAAUGUUUUCUUAAAAAAAUAUGCAUUUAAUUCUGGUAUUGUAACUGUGAAGUAUUACAUGAUGUAAUGAUAUAAUAUACAAGAAUACCUUAUAA